AUGGCAAGAACACAUGGUACAUCUUUUAGUUCUCGAGGUGAGAGUUCUCGAGGAGAGAGUUCGUCGCAGGAUGAAGCUCGGAGAAGACCUACCGUUUCUGCUCGUAGAAGUCGUGCAGCUCCUAUCCAAGAUGACCCCAUAGCUGAGGAGCGAGCCGUUGAGGAACAAACAUAUGAGACGUAUGAGACUCAUGGUGAGGAGAAUGCAUUUGAGGCCCCUAACGACAAUGAUGAUGAGGAGGAGCAUGCGGAUGUUGAUGACAUACAAGAGGAUGUCGAUGGAUUUCCUGGAGGUCCACGUGAUCAUUCAUUGCUGACGCACUAUGUUCAGCACGUAGCUUAUGCUAUUUCCAAAGGCCGGAGGUGUGAGUCGCAGCAUUGGGACUAUGCUGCUAGAGCAUAUUUGUUGCAUCUAGUAGGAUGCACGAUUUUUGCAAAUAAGAGUGCCAGUUCCAUACGCGUGUCUUACUUAUUGUUAUUUAGAGACGUACACGCGUGUGGCAAAUAUGCUUGGGGUGUUGCUGCACUCGCCUAUUUGUACGAGCAACUCGGGGAUGCGAGUCUUGCCUCCAUGAAGCAUAUGGCUGGGUAUCUGACUCUAUUUCAGAGUUGGAUAUACGAACAUUUCCCUAGCAUGGGGAGGAGGCGAUUGGUGACUUCUUACGAUGAUACCACACCACGAUGA